CAUUGAUGAUGGGGGCUUCAAGGGAGGAAUGAAGAAAAUCAACGAAGACGAAAACGGACAUGAUAUCGAAGCAGAGUUUUCGUGGUGGAGUCCGAAGUUUUCGGAGAACGAAAUCGAUCGUGUACGUGAUACCCUGCGUGCAGCCAUAGAGCCUUUUCUUGGUAAAGAAAAUGAUAAAGAAGAAGUCGUAAGUCAAUUCGCUAAGUCUCACGCCUUCAUACCAAGUUCGGAGCGGUAUGGAAGUUCCUAUUUCCAGUAUGGCUUUGAAACGUUAUGUCAACGUUAUGCUGAAAAAUACCGUAAGAUUGGUGAGGAAAAUUCGAUUCAAUUCAAGAUAUUAGGAACAUACAUUUACAAGAAAGAGAUCAUGCAUGCUGUUCUUGUUUGUAGCGACAAAGAUGAACAGUUUUCGGAUUACCCCGACGUCGCUGAUGAUGAUAAUGAUGAUGGCAACAACGAGGGGGUAGUAACGCGCGACUACGAUGGCAACUGGGUUUGGAAGCCCCAAGCAACCGCUACAGAAAUUGUACGUCUUCCAGAUUGGUUGCAAAGCUUUCCCAUAUACCGUAGAUGGGAACAUUUAGCUUUUGCAUUUUAUACACCCAAUGGGGUCUUCAAACUCCCUGACUUAGAAGAACAUCGCUUUGUGUUAACGUGAGUUGCCGGCUUCUUUUAAGAGAAGAGCUUUACGAACUGUAAUAAAACCUUUGGAUGGGUUUAGUUUUAGCGUGGUUUGCUAUAAGCUCGACACGUAAGCAUUUCGCACGAGUUUUCCGUUUCUCAGGCUGGGAAAAGGAAUGGCAAGGACUGUCGAAGAGGUUUUCUUUCGUAAUCAGCAGAGACUUGCGUUUCUAUGUCUCUGAGUAAUUUAACUUAAAUAUUUCGAUCGCUGCUCGUGUCUAGUAGGGGAAGCAACAACAAUUAUUCGCAUGAGUGUUUUAACUAGGUAUCAGUUUUAGU